AUGUCAAACGUGGUGGUUCUUGACAACGGCGCCGGCCUAAUAAAGGCCGGAAUCGGCGGCGAGCGUGACCCAACCGCCGUAGUCCCCAACUGCAUGUGCCGCCCACUCUCCAAAAAAUGGCUACUAGCCGACCCACUCCUUUCCCCACUGCAAACCUCACCUCCGCCACUCUCUGCUGCCCCAUCAAUGGAUGAGAUUGUUUUCGAAGAGUUCAAUUUCAAUUCACUAUUUGUCACUGACCCACCAGCUUUAGUCCACCUUUAUGAGGCCUCAAGAAGGCCUUAUGGGUUGGUGUCAAAAACGCAGUGUAGUCUUGUGGUGGACUUUGGGUUUUCUUUUACCCAUGCAAUUCUCGUGUUUCAGAACUACACUAUGAACUUUGCUGUGAAAAGAUUGGAUUUGGGUGGAAAGGCAUUGAUCAAUUACUUGAAGGAGCUGGUGAGUUAUAGGGCAGUGAAUGUUAUGGAUGAGACUUUUAUUAUGGAUGAUGUUAAAGAGAAGUUGUGCAUUGUCUCGCUUGAUGUUGCGCAAGAUUUGCAGAUUGCAACGUAUUAG